GAUCAGAGAAGGUAAAAGUUAAUAUUUGUGGCUGCCUUUGAACGGUCAUUGAUCGCCACUUGCCCAGGCGAGGAAGGUGGGAGUGCACUGGCGGCGAGGACUGAAGGGCCGCUAGCCACCAUUCGGUGUGCGGGAAGCGGCCCUUGUUGUUAACUUGAGUACAGUAUGUGAGGCCGCGAGUCUCUGUGGUGACGAACGAUGGCUCACUGUGCGGAGGACAUACGGAACAAUAAUGUGUUGGUGGAGCGAGAGGUUAUCGCACCAGCGGCCGCCCCUGCAAUCAGUACUGGCGAGGUGUCCACCUCUCUGGGGGCGCCAGUCGUCAAUCUCCCUGGUCCCACUGUCCUGGCUCAACUCAUGGCCAGAAACCUGGAUAACUUGGCUGAUGAUACGGCACCCAACAGCCUGGGAAGCAUCACUGUGAACGAUGAGUACUUGGAGGACCCGCUGCCGGACCUCACCUUGGAAAAUCUACGGCUGCCAGAAGAGUAUGGUGAUCCGUCUCUCGGGUAUGAGUUUGUCAACACCACGGAUUGGUGCAACUCCGGGUUGGACAACUCUCAUGCGCUUCUGCAGCAGCUGCAGGGCCUGGGCGUGCGUGUGAACGAAGACUACCUCACACUGGACUUGGAACUGUCUGCCUCCCGCAGCGCCAGCGUCAGCAGCGUAUCAGAAGAUGAGUGCAGCAUUUCAGACGAGCAGGAUGUGCAGAACACGAUACUUGGUGCGGCGCAAGACAAAACUCGAAGAGCUCAUUCCAGUGGCAGCCAGAAGGACGCCGCUGGCACGGAGUUGUUUUCGCGGUUGUCUGAAAAUCAGGAAAACGAAGUGUUCUUAGAGGACCACGAAGUGGCGGAGGCUGAGAUCCUUCCCUCAGGUGGCGUCAAAGUAACCUAUGAGAACUAUAGGAAGGAAUACCGCCCCAAGAUCAGCCCACAUCACAAUUACAUCAAAUUUUUGGAAACAGUGUCCAGCGGUGCGUCCACAGAAGAGCCAUUAAGCAUAGGUCACGAGGGUGAGGGAGCUGCUGUCCCCAGCCCCCACCUCACCCUGGAGGAUCGUUACCGACGGAUCCUUCAGGCUCUUCAACGGGGAGCGAGGCUCUCCGACGUGAAGAUGCGAAGUUUGUCCGCCAAAUACGCCAGGAAGCUGCGGAGACUUUUAGCCGAGGAGGUGACCUAUGAUGCAGUGACCCCGGACAGUGGGGUGCAUGAGAACUUCAAUGCCCUGUCCCCCGAUGAACAGGAGAAGCUGCGUGAGGAAUGGAAGGCAGAGCUGGCCAAGACAGAGGAGGAGAUUCAGACCCUCCGGCAGGUGCUGGGAGCCAAGGUGAAGACGGCCCAGGAUCUGAAGCGCCGCCUUGGCAUCACCGUCUGGCGCGAGUUUACAGAGGACUUCAAUAAUUCCAUGAAGACUGUCCGCGAGUCCCAACCGGUGCAGAAGGCCAAUGAGGUCAUCACAGAGAUCCAGGAGGCAGUCUCCAGUGCACCACUAUAUAGGAGGAUGUCUGGAGCUUUCUCGGAGCUAGGGGAGUCCAUAUCCCAGCAGCCUGUGUACCAGAAAACUGCUGGGGCCAUGAGUGCCGUUGGAGAGAAGACCUCCUCCCUCUUUGGAGGCAUUGGCGCCAAGUUCGGCCAACUUAAAGAGACUCCAACUUUCAAGUCAUUUGAGGAGCGUGUUGGAGGCGUGUAUUCAGCUGCCAGGACACGCAUGGGUGGCUCUGGAUCCAACUCCACACAAGACUUUGAGGAGGCCCUGAAGGAGGCAGAGGGUGAGAAGGCAGCCCUGGAGGCAGCCAAUGGCGGCACCCUGCAGACCUCCACCACUCCUGGAACUGACGUCACCCAGCCGGCUGCAUCCUAAGCCCCCACCCACCACCUCCACCACCACCUGCACUCUUCCACCCACUGCACCCCAUCACCACAGUUACUAGAGUUGAUAUUUUUAGCUAAAGUGGCUCCCUAGUCCAUUUGUAGCUUUCAUCAUUAUUUGAUAAGGAUUUAAUUUUCUAGAACAGCUAUAGCGACUUAAGGUGUGAGGGUCAUGUGGGUCCGUCAGAUAUUUUGACUAGUAAUGACUGUGAUUGAUUUUGGGUGUCCACUUGGUCCAUCUGUAGCCUAUUGGUCCUAGCUGCCUUUGCCUUCGUGGCUGGCUAGCUGGCAGAUUUUUUCAGAGAUUAGGAUCAUCCUAAUUCUUCAGGAAAUUUUUCAAAGAUUUAUCCUUAAGGCUACUGAAUCAAUAGUGUCCUUACAUUGGCAUUUUCAUCUUCCUCAUACUAGAGGGAGAUGAUAAAGGAAAAGUAAGAGACACAUUAAUCUCCUCCUGUAUCGUGGCAUUUUUAACUCAUGUUUGAUCUCUGUCAAAUCCUCUUGGAAUUCUUUCUCUCUGUAUCUGUGUUGAACCAAGUGAAGAAAUUAUCCUGUACAUUUUCCUGUAGGAGAACACUCAAGAGGUUCAUGAAAACUGACAAUAUGCAAAAGAUGAAAAUAUCAUAUACACUUAUAUAAUUUGGUUAAUUAAAUUGUGUUCAGGUGUUCAGCUUGAGGCAGGUGUGAGCCAAGUGUUCCUCUGCUGUCAGGUUUUACACAGCUUUUCUUUACUGUCAACAGUUUGUGAAAGUUGUCUGUGUUUUGGUGCAUUAUAUGAGUGAUUCCAGGUGUAGGUGGCUUAGAUAGUAAUUAAUCCUAGGCUGCCUUCAAAUAAUAAUAUAUCAUAGUGUGAAAAUUGUUGAAUACAGUGAGUGAUGUUUUAUUUGAAAAUAAUGGUAUAUAAAUAUAUAUAAUUUGACUAAAUGAGUUGGCAUUAGAAAUGUUGUGUGUUGUUACUCAUAUCAUAGAAGUAUUGAUGCAACUCUAAAUGUUAAAGAUGUGAGGAUUGUGGGUAAGCCCCUGUAAUCUCCAGAAGGUUUUGGUGGUGUGGGUAUAACAUAGCGAACAUGUCACUAGAUGUUACAUUAAUAUUAGGUUUAAAAAAAAGCAAAUUUUAUUCUUUAUACAGUUAAAUUAUUUAAUCCUUCAAUUUUCUCAGUCUUAAGUUUCAGCUUUCAGUUUUUAUUGUUGGUGAUUGGGGGAAUAUUUGUUGAGUUAAGCAGCAUUACCAGAGCCUAGAGAGGAUGCAGCUGCCACCUCUGCACUAGCCUGCUCCUAGGGACUUCCAGUUGAAGGGAUGACAAAAAUGUGCUUGGAGGCAAAUUGCUUUUGGGGUGUAACAAACUUCUCUCAAGAACCACUGAAGGAUUGUGUUAGGAGCUUUGUGCCCAUCAGGGGCCAAACUGUGCUGGUGAGGAAGGUCCAGGAGCUGGCAGUUGUUGCCCCUGUUCUGAAUGCCAGUAGGCAUUGUGGGUAACCAUGGUGGAGAGACCUCCCAGUCAUGACUGACAUUCCUUUGUUAGACUAUAGGCGAGAUGUCAGGGCUGAUGAUGAUAAUUACCAUGUUUGCCUUGAUUUUUUAGUAUUAUGCAGACACUGUCCCUACCAUGUCCCACAUGGAGCAGUAUGAUGGGUUCUAUCAAAAGCACAGUACCAUUCUAGAAGCUUCAUUUUAAGUGCUUUAACUAAUUUAACCUGUAAGGGUUGAAGAUGUUAACUAUUUUAGGUAAGCAACAAGCCUUUAUCACACAUGCUUUUGCUAGGAGAGUUUGGCAACAGGCAUGAAAACCUGGCCCACACACUGGAGCCUGACCCAGCCAGCCAUGGGUGUGUCCAAACUGGCCAAAAGAGCCUGUGCCCGAGUACUGCUUGUGGAGUUGGGGGACUGGAGAGGGUUGUUGUUUUUGUCAUUGUAUUCCCAGUUAUAUGAAAUGUAGUUAAAACAUUAAAA